GGGAUCCUGGGUGGGAGCAGCUCUCUGCUGCCCUCGCCUGAGUCCAGCCAGGAGGUGGCAGGUGUCGGGUUAGGCCCUGCCCCCUUAGGGCCUAGCCACUCAGGUAAGAGGUCUUUUUCCCUCCCCUUGGGCUGGGCUCUCUUUUAUAAGAGCCCGUUCCUGGGCCCUGUCCCAUUGCCUAGAAGCAGCUCUCGGCUUCUUCUUGAAGGUCAGUCUUCAGCCCACCUGUGUUCAUUCCAGCCUCAACCAUGUCCAUCAGGGUGACCCAGAAGACCUACAAGGUGUCCACCUCUGGCCCCCGGGCCUUCAGCAGCCGCUCCUACACAAGUGGGCCCGGUGCCCGCAUCAGCUCCUCCAGCUUCUCCAGGGUGGGCAGCAGCAGCAGCGGCUACCUGGGCACCAGCAUGGGUCUGGGUGGCGGCUUUGGUGGGCCUGGUGUUGGGGGCAUCACAGCUGUCACAGUGAACCAGAGCCUGCUGAACCCCCUGAAGCUGGAGGUGGACCCCACCAUCCAGGCGGUGCGAACUCAGGAGAAGGAGCAGAUUAAGUCUCUCAACAACAAGUUCGCCUCCUUCAUUGACAAGGUGCGGUUCCUGGAGCAGCAGAACAAGAUGCUGGAGACCAAGUGGAGUCUCCUGCAGCAUCAGAAGACAGCUCGGAGCAACAUGGACAACAUGUUUGAGAGCUACAUCAACAACCUUCGGAGGCAGCUGGACUCAUUGGGCCAGGAGAAGCUGAAGCUGGAGGCAGAGCUUGGCAACAUGCAGGGGCUGGUGGAAGACUUCAAGAAUAAGUAUGAAGAUGAGAUCAAUAAACGUACGGAGAUGGAAAAUGAAUUUGUCCUCAUCAAGAAGGAUGUGGAUGAAGCUUACAUGAACAAGGUGGAGCUGGAGUCUCGCCUGGAAGGGCUGACUGAUGAGAUCAACUUCCUUAGGCAGAUACAUGAAGAGGAGAUCCGUGAACUGCAGUCUCAGAUCUCAGACACGUCUGUGGUCCUGUCCAUGGACAACAGCCGCUCCCUGGACAUGGAUGGCAUCAUUGCCGAGGUCCGAGCCCAGUAUGAGGACAUUGCCAACCGCAGCCGGGCUGAGGCGGAGAACAUGUACCAGAUCAAGUACAAGGAGCUGCAGACACUGGCUGGGAAGCAUGGGGAUGACCUGCGCCGCUCGAAGACGGAGAUCUCCGAGAUGAACCGCAAUAUCAGCCGCCUGCAGGCGGAGAUAGAGGCCCUCAAAGGCCAGAGGGCAUCACUGGAGGCUGCCAUUGCUGAUGCUGAGCAGCGUGGAGAGUUGGCCAUUAAGGAUGCCAAUAACAAACUGGCCGAGCUGGAGGCCGCCCUGCAGCGGGCCAAGCAGGACAUGGCCCGGCAGCUGCGUGAGUACCAGGAGCUGAUGAACGUCAAGCUGGCCCUGGACAUUGAGAUUGCCACCUACCGCAAGCUGCUGGAGGGUGAGGAGAGCAGGUUGGAGUCUGGAAUGCAAAACCUGAGUAUCCAUACAAAGUCAACUAGUGGCUAUGCAGGAGGGCUGAACUCGGCCUAUGGGAGCCUCACAAGCCCUGGCCCUGGCCUCAACUUCGGUAUGAGCUUUGGCUCUCCUGGGUGCUCCAACACCUUCACCCGCACCAAGGCCGUGGUUGUGAAGAAGAUCGAGACCCGAGAUGGGAAGUUGUUGUCCGAGUCCUCUAAUGUCCUGCCCCAGUGA